CGUUUAGAGCGGUUAGUGUUGCGGUUUCCAAACGUCCCUCGCACUGUCUGAAGUAUGUACCUGUUGCUGACCCUCGCGCUGGUGGCGGCUGUCCAGGCGGUCCCGGUGAAGGAUGCGGUCCCGCUGGACAUGCAGCUCGCUCAGGCCCGCGCGUCGGGCUCCAACCCUGUCGGUAUUAACGAAGACACCACCUGCUACAACCAUCCGCAAUCCAGCCCCAACGCCGUCAGCGCCCCGUUCUACCACGGCACGACCCCGCUGAGCCUGCGGCGGUCCGUGGACGAGGUGGCGACCCUCCUCCCCAUGCACCGGGUCAUCAUCUUCCGUAACGUGGUCUUCGAGUGGGGGGUCGGCGCCAACAACUUUGAAGACAAGGUUGCCUGGGAGGGUGUCCGUGAGCCGUCUGACUGCUCGGUGAGCUGGUCCGGCAGCGCCGCCGGGUCCUCCUCCUGUACCCUGCAGCAGGCCAUGGACUUCAGCCGCGGCUACAAGACUCGCUACGGCAGUUACGACCUCCUGUCCAACAACUGCCAUCUCUACGUCAACCGUAUGAUGAACUACCUGGUCUCCGGCUGCACUCGCUACCCGGCCUAGGUCAGCAAUCUUCGGGAAUCACAAUCGGCACCUGUCGG